AUGGCGCAAGCAGGAGGAUCAUACAAUAACCCGCUGAAGAAGUUCAAGUUGGUCUUUUUAGGAGAGCAGAGCGUCGGCAAGACUUCCCUCAUUACGCGCUUCAUGUACGAUUCGUUCGACAACAUGUACCAGGCGACGAUAGGAAUCGAUUUUCUCUCGAAAACCAUGUACCUCGAAGACCGAACCGUACGGCUGCAGUUAUGGGAUACAGCCGGACAAGAGCGUUUCCGGAGUCUGAUCCCAUCCUACAUCCGAGACUCGAGCGUAGCGGUUGUUGUUUACGAUAUCUCAAAUGCGAAAUCCUUCCAAAAUACAAGGAAAUGGGUCGACGAUGUGAGGGGGGAGCGAGGGAACGAUGUGAUCAUCGUGUUGGUAGGGAACAAGACGGAUUUGAAUGACAAGCGCGAAGUGACUACACAGCAAGGAGAGGAGGAAGCCAAGAAGAACAACCUGAUGUUCAUUGAAACAAGUGCGAAGGUUGGCCACAAUGUCAAGAACCUAUUCAAGAGGAUAGCACAAGCUUUGCCAGGCAUGGACGGUGCAGAGGGCUCUGCGGCUACUGGAAACCAAAUGAUUGAUGUUAGCAUCAACCCAACUCCAGCCAACCAGGAGGGCUGUGCUUGCUAG